GUCGGUGCAGCGUGUAUAUGUCGAAUAUCGGCUGCUGGGUGUUCCCAUGGAGACGACAGAAACACCCAUGUCCCUCCGCAAGCCACGGGAAGGAGAGGAGAUUCACUACAACUUCACACGAGUGAUUUAUGUGGACGGCUCCCAGUCAGCUCCACUCAGACAGUAUCUUUACACCAUGCUGGAGGGGACGGACGCCAACCAGGGCAGGUUAAAGUUCACAGUAGUCAGUGAGCCGGUGGACAGCGACAAAGAGUGCGUGGACGUCGGACACGCUUUCCUGGACCUGCAGGAACUGCUGCUAACGGGAAAUGAUGUCAUUGAACAACAAAUUGAUAUUCUAAGUGUGGAUGAGGACAAGGAGGUCAUAGGACAUCUGAAAGUGUCACUGGAGGCAGCAAAAGCCCUGACUGGGAUAUACCAGGAGUUUCACCAGAAAGAUGGUGGAAAAACGGAGGAAGGUACAGAAGAGGAAGCAGAGAAGGAAGAGGAAAAAGGAAAACAUGGAAAGAAGAAGAGAACAGAUCACAUACAGCAUAUAAGUGCUGGCUUUUGCUGAUGACACUGUUCUUUAUCUUUAAACAAACGGUGUCAAUUUAGAUGUUAUGAAAAGCCAAUAAAUAGUUGUUUUAAAAGUAAAAUGUGAUAUUUUAUCAUUUUUCUUUUUGUGUAUAUUGAUGUCUUAGUUUAUCCAAAAUUAAUCUACUUAGAAAUUAUUCAAAAGUCUAUUAU